AUGUACUUCCUAUUUCCGGUUUGGUGGCUAUCAAUUCUAUGGAUCAGCAGGCAUUUGUGGUUUCCUGGGAACGAGAAACUCACAAAAACAAGCAAGUUAUACAUCAACCCCCUAUUCGAGGGUACAGUUCUGGGCGAGUCCAUCAUGCUGAAUAGGAACCGGUACGACCAGCCCAGAGGCUCCGACAGCGACUUAACCAGCGAUCUGUCCAUCGUAAACGAUGAUGGCAACAUCGAGUCGAUUGUGAAAAAGAUGAGAACCGAUACGACACCAUUCGUCUAUAUCUGCGCCACCAUGUGGCACGAGAAUCGAACAGAAAUGUUGCAGAUGAUGAAGUCCGUAUUUAGAUUGGAUCGCGACCAAGCGGCUCGCCGGAACGUCCAACUGAUCGGAGUCACAGACCCUGAUUACUACGAGUUCGAAGCCAACAUAUUCUUCGACAACGCCAUGAACAACCACGACGACCCUGACCUCGACUACACAGCCAACGAUUACGUCAUCCUGCUGGUAGAAGUCGUACGUGAGGCCGCAAAAGGGGUGCACGACGUAUCGACGCGUCUGGACGACCCUACAAAAUACCCGACACCGUACGGGGGCCGACUGGAAUGGACUCUUCCAGGAGAGAACAAGCUGGUCGUGCAUCUUAAAGACAGUGCUAAAAUUAGGCACAAGAAAAGGUGGAGUCAGGUAAUGUACAUGUACUACUUCCUCGGCUACAGACUGUGUUGUGACGAAACUCUCACAGAGGACAGGAAAAUGACCCGAUCAAACCACACCUUCCUUCUCUCACUUGACGGAGACGUGGAUUUUGAACCCAUGGCCCUCAUAUUUCUCAUCGAUCUUAUGAAGAGGGAGGAAAAGGUGGGGGCCGUCUGCGGCAGAAUACAUCCGAUCGGUAGUGGUCCUUUGGUCUGGUUCCAGGAGUUCGAGUAUGCAAUAGGGCACUGGCUGCAGAAGGCAACGGAGCACGUGAUGGGAUGCAUCCUGUGCACGCCCGGAUGUUUCAGUUUGUUCCGGGGAUCCGCCAUCAUGGACGAGAAUGUCAUGAGGAGUUACACCAUGCUGGCUGUGGAUCCUCUACAACACUUGCAGUAUGAUCAAGGCGAAGAUAACUGGCUCUGCACCCUGCUACUCCAGCAGGGCUACAAAGUGGAGUACUGCGCCGCUUCUGACAGCUACACUUACUGUCCGGAAGGUCUGACCGAAUUUUUCAACCAGCGGAAACGAUGGAUGCCUUCGAAGAUGACCAACAUGUUGGAUCUGCUUCGAUCCUGGAAACACACGACCUACAUUAACGAGAACAUCAGCUUCAUGUACCUCUUCUAUCAGGCGGCCAUCCAGGUAGCAUCACUUCUCAGUCCUGGAAUCGUCUUCAUGGUGACAGUCGGUGCCCUCAACAUCUCGGUCCAGAGUUUCAGCCAGUCCUUCAACGUCUGGGGCAUGGCUGCUCUGAACGCCCUCCCCAUCAUUCUCUUCGUCGUUGUGUGCAUGAAGUUUCCAACCAACAUUCAGGUAAUUUUGAGAUUUAGAAUUUUUAAAUUUUACAUUGCAUGUCCAAAUAAUUUUUAG